CGAUGCCUCCCUCCCCAAACGACGACGUAGAUUUUUACCCACCAGAGUCUCUUUCUCCUUUGGUCUUGUCUUCCAUCAUUUUACCAACAUCUCCCAGACAGAUCGGACACGAAAGCGCACCAAGCAAGGAGUGAAGCAAUUAAAGUGUAAAAGAAAAGUUCCAUUCACAACAAAAAAGAAGAUCAAGUGAUUGCCAGCGCAAUAAAAGUGACAACAAAAUAUUAGUUAUUAAACUGAGGAUCGCGUGAGAUCGCCAAACGAUCACCAAAAUUUGGAAACAAAUAAACUUUCUCACCUUCACACAACAACGAAUUUCCAUCAAUUAGUGUGACUUUUAGCUGAAUUUCCUGUGUGUACAUUGUGUAAGAGUUAACCUAUGUGGAAGUUUCAUUGAGUGAUCUUGUGCCAUCGCCAAAAAAGGUUUUUUUUUGCUAUCUGAGUGUGUGAUCACCACUGAGAGGAUCUUUUUGUGUGGAAAGUGGAAGUGAAAAUAUAUAGCAAAUAGAAUGAAUCCAAAUUUUGCCAAAGGAUUGUUUCAGUGACAAAUAUUGAAGCUCCCACAUAAGAUGGGCCAAGAAAAGUCACUUCCAAGUAGAUGCAAUUCCGUUCAAGAUUACCAUUCAUCGACAAGCAGCAGCAGUGGAUCAACAACAACGCGCUCCAUCGCGUCAACAUCAACAUCCAGUUCACGUUACUCAUGCAAAAGUGUCGAACGCCAAACAAAGUACCUCAAGGAGCAGUUGUACAUAAAAUCCUACCUGGAUAUUGAGGAACAAGAUCGAGACGCAAAGAAGCAAUUCACCCCAUCCCGUUCCAACGGCAUCCGGAACUAUCGACCGAAGAUUCUGGGCGAGAAAACCCCAACGCCAGCACACCAGGAGGUUGAUGUAUGGAUUUAGGUGGCUAACUACCCUCUCCACUUCUUCGCAAUGGCUUUUGCUGUACUCUCAGCUCUCGGGGGAAUUACAGCAGCUCCUGUCGCUUUUCUAAGUCUCAUCCCCCUACUUAUGGUUGGCAUGAACUACUAUCGCUACUACAACUAUGAUCCCGAAGCUCGAGUUAUUGAUACUUCCUACCUUCGUCGGCACUACGACUUUAUUGUGGUUGGAGGUGGUUCGGCUGGAGCCGUUGUAGCUUCUAGACUAUCAGAAAUCGCCAAUUGGACAGUUCUUCUCAUUGAAGCAGGUGGUGAUGAAAAUGAAGUCACAGAUACCCCACUAAUGGCAGGCUACUUGCAACUAACUGAAUUUGACUGGCAAUACCAAACACAACCACCACCCGAUGGAGCCUACUGCCAAGCUAUGAUUGGCAACAGAUGCAACUGGCCCCGUGGAAAAGUCAUGGGGGGUUCAAGCGUCCUCAACGCAAUGGUGUACGUGCGUGGAAAUCGCCGUGACUACGACUACUGGGAGGCUCAGGGCAAUCCAGGGUGGAGUUUUGACGACGUUCUACCCUACUUUACGAAAUCCGAAGACAACCGAAACCCCUACCUAACGAAAACUCCUUACCACAAAGAGGGAGGCUACCUGACAGUUCAAGAGGCACCUUGGAGGACACCCCUUUCCGUGGCAUUCAUCAAAGCUGGCAUGGAGAUGGGAUAUGAAUAUCGGGAUUGCAAUGGGGAGGAACAGACGGGAUUUAUGCUUCUCCAAGCCACAAUGCGACGUGCCAGUAGAUGUAGUACAUCCAAAGCCUUCAUACGACCUGUACGACUAAGACAAAACCUCCAUGUUGUCCUUCACUCACAGGCUACAAAAGUCCUCCUAGAUGAUCGACAACGCGCAUACGGGGUUGAAUUUCAGCGAAACAAUAAACUCUACCAAGUUCUCGCCAAGAGAGAAGUCAUCCUCUCAGCUGGAGCUCUUAACACUCCACAAUUACUUAUGCUCAGUGGAAUAGGACCUGCAGAACAUUUAACUGAGCACAAUAUCCCCAUAGUGCAGGAUCUACCAGUUGGGCACAAUCUGCAAGAUCAUGUUGGUCUCGGAGGACUAACUUUCAUCAUUAACGAACCCAUUUCCGUCACAGUCAAUCGCUUCCAGACAGCUCCUGUCCUACUUGAGUACAUCUUAAAUGAACGAGGACCUAUGUCAUUCCCCGGUGUUGAAGCUGUGGCAUUUGUCAAUACAAAGUAUGCUGAUCCUUCAGGGCUCUGGCCCGAUAUUCAGUAUCACUUUUCCCCCAGCUGCGUAGCUUCAGACCGUGGGGAGAAUAUUAGGAAAAUUCUAAAUCUACGCGAUGGGGUAUUUAAUACGGUCUACAAACCAAUAGUAAAUGCCGAAACGUGGUCUCUAUUACCCCUUCUUCUGAGGCCACGAAGUACAGGAUGGGUUAAGCUGCGCAGUGCUAAUCCCUUCGACCCGCCUGUACUCAUUCCAAACUACUUUGCCCACCGGGAGGAUGUUGAAGUCCUUGUGGAGGGUAUCAAAAUUGCCGUCAAUAUCUCUCAGACGCCCGCUUUUCAACGAUUCGGGUCCCGUCUGCACAACAUCCCAAUGCCAGCUUGUAAGCAUCUGGAAUUUGCAUCUGAUGCCUACUGGGAGUGCUGCAUACGACAGUUUACCUUCACAAUCUACCACCCAACGUCAACGUGCAAAAUGGGCCCAAGCUGGGAUCCUGAUGCUGUUGUUGACGCCAGGCUGAGAGUCUACGGGAUUCAGGGACUACGAGUUGUGGAUGCAAGCAUAAUGCCAACCAUCAUUAGUGGCAACCCUAAUGCACCAACGAUUAUGAUUGGCGAGAAGGCAUCAGACAUGAUUAAGGAGGACUGGGGAAGGCUGUAGGGAUACCCCUCUGUUGCUACCUUUACUUGUGAUACGCGUUUAAUUGAAAAGUUCUAGAGAAUUUCUCAAAAUGAAAGUUACGUUGUUUUUGUUAGUGAGAAAAAUGUGUAGAAAAAAAAACUUUUCCCUUCUUUUCGAAUGUUUUCCUUUUAUAAUGCGAUACUGUGCACAAAAGAAGCCAGAAUGAUCUUCGUUUAACGUGUUAUGUAAGAAAGAAAAAUUCUCUUUAUAGAUCUUAAUCAGUGGUGAUCACGAUAGAAUUGAAGAUCGCUACGAUCAUGUGACAUGAUACUUUCGUAAUUUAAUAUAUAAAGUUAGCUAGUCAAAAAUUGAAGCAAAAAAGAACGUAAGAUCACACACAUUAGACACGAAAUGCAGUAAAAGUAUUUUUUCGUAGUAAGUUUUAUAGAUUGUAUGUACUAAAUCCAUUAAGAAGCAAAAGAAAAUAAAGAAUAGUGCUAAAUGAAA